AUGGCUUCCUUGACAGAUCUUUCCAUGGGAGGGGCAGCAGAUCUUUUGACAUUUCGAGUUCAAGUCCACUUCCCUCGGUUGGUCGAUGUGCAAUACACUUGGAAUGGGAGCGAAGUUCGGUGCAAAAUGUUCUGCUGCCUUCUGAGUGGUGAAAGCGGAGAUUAUUGCAUGGGAGAAGUGAAGCCCUCCAAGAAGCAACCAAAAGUUGCUGAAGAAGCCUUGAAGAAGUAUACAAGCUCCAGUGUGUUGGAGUUGUCGCGAGUGAAGUUGGCUGAUUCCAAAUUAGCCUACGUGCACACUCCCAUCAAGAAGGUGGUGAACUUGCAGGCGACGAAGGUCAACGUUGUGAAGGAGAAACCCGACAAGACUUGGUUUCCAAAGCCCAGAAUUCAGGUGGCUGAAUGCUUAUCCCUGCAGACAACGCAACAGUUUGAUGUCAUGGGAUUUGUCACGAAAGUGGAGGAGUUGAAAACCAUUGGCAGUGGGCGGCGGGUUUGCGAGAUAGUGAUCGAAGACGGCAGCAAAAAUAUGGAAAAGCACGUUGCGAUGACAGUGUCCAUGUGGUUUGACGCAGGAGAGCAUGAUCCUCAGGAGCUGCUUCUUGUCAAAGAAGGCUUGGCCAAGCGCAAGCCGUUAUGCUUUUACGCUCUUGCCGGCAAACAUGACUCUGGCAAUGGCUACGUGGUACAAUCCAGCAGGAACAUGUUGGUGACCGAGGCGCCCCCAGACACGCAAUUGCCCAUUGACUUUGAGACCUUGGCGGCUUGCGUUCCAGAGAACAAGCAGACCAUGGCACCAGACCUUGUUCUCCAAGAUGACACGCAGUCGUACAAGCAAGACCCAGCGGUGAACACAACUGUUUCUUUGUUAGAAAGAGUGACACGUGAAAAUGACAGCCUCAAGGGCGUCUUGUGGCAGCUGAACUGGUGCGAGCUUACCGUGGCAAAAGCCGACUAUGUGAGCAAGACGGGGCGAAUCUGGUUCCUAUGCAGUCUGCGAGAUAUGACUGGAAGCACUGAAUGCUGGAUCAGGGAACUGGCUGCUCUUGAAUUGAUGGGGGGCUGCACAAGGAGUGAAUUCCUAGAGGCGGUGCAGGAUGGAAAGGCCUUGUCUUUGCCUCUUUUGUCAUCUGUCCGGGUGUUGAGCCGAUCCACUUCUGACCUUGUGAUCGUGGAGGCUGCGGCUCAGCGGCUUACUGAACUGCUCAGCUUUGGAGAUCUCUUGCCGUUCCUCCGUGCCUGCGCAGCAAGCACCUCUCAGGUGACACCGUCUUUGUUGGAAAAUGUCCAAAGCAGCUCCAUCUACAACCUUGCCUGUGUGGUUGGCAGUGAGGCUGUCGGUUGUCAGCGCGCACUGUGCUUGAUCACCAGUCACAAACAAUCUAAGCUGACGCAGGUCGCGAAUGGCGCGGGCUAUGUUGUUCUUACUGAAAUGAUUCAGUGCGGUCUGAACCCUUCGGGCCACUACAAGUGCAAAGCAAUUUGCAACUUGGACGACACUUUGAGCAUGCGCUUGGACCCGCCCCGGCCAGGGGCUACGCAGUAUGCUUUGCUGAGUAUUUCCGGACGAUCAGAAGACACCUUUUUGAUCAAUGCAAGGCAGCUUGUGCGAGAAGAGGAAGCCCAG